GGUCCGCACAGACCCUGACCACACCCUUCCUUCAUCGAUCGACGCUCGAUCGCUCUCGUAAGGCGUAGCUCGUUGCGUGUUUCCCUCCCGUCUCUCCAGAGUUCUUUCCGCACGCGCGCCCCAAGAUCCACAUCUUCUCCUGGAAGUUGCCGAAUCUUUAGCUUUGAUUCUAGGGUUUCUCCUCAUCCUGGUCCCUCGCGCAACGAUCUCUCCAUCCGCGGCGGAGAAGAGGCAGAGCGGCAGCGUGUGGCCUUCUGUUUCUUGUCAUUACACAAGGUCUGGUCUUGUUGGGUUGAUCCACUCUGCGGUGGCGAUGAGGCGGAAAAGGAAAGGGAUUAGGCCGCCGGACACUGUUGCUGUCUCCCGGACCGAUGAUUUUGACACGGCGCGUCAGAUCAAGAAGCAGUGCGGCGAGGACUGGAAGGUGUUCCGCAACCAGAAGGCGGGAUCUUGCAGCGGCGGGGGAGAAAAGGCGGGUUGUGAUGCCAGCCGCGCGGCCGCUGGAGUGGUCAUGACUGCUCCUCCCUACGGGAGAUUGGCGGCUGAUUACCCCGGCCGAGGGCUGAAGAGGAAGCUGGGGUGCAUGGAGCCUGCGACCAGGAUUGGGCGGAAGGAGAAACUAGAGGAUGAGUAUGUCCUCGGUCGCAAGAUCGGGAAAGGGAGGUUUGGUUCUGUGCGGUUGUGCCGGAGCAAGGCCAAUGGAGAUGAAUUCGCCUGCAAGACUCUGCGUAAGGAUGGGGAUGAGUCAGUGCAUCGCGAGGUGGAGAUCAUGCAGCAUAUAUCGGGCCACCCUGGCAUUGUUACCUUGAAGGCAGUUUUUGAAGAUGAGAUAAGCUUCCAUCUUGUUAUGGAGCUGUGUUCUGGGGGCCGGUUGAUUGAUCAGAUAAACAAGGAAGUGAGGUACUCAGAGCAGAGGGCUGCCAUUCUUAUAAAGGAGUUAAUCACGAUCAUCAAGUAUUGCUGUGAAAUGGGUGUUGUUCAUAGGGACAUCAAGCCAGAGAAUAUUCUUCUUACAGCUUCAGGGAAGAUAAAACUGGCUGACUUUGGAUUAGCAGUCCGAUUUAUAGCAGGGCAGAAGUUAUCUGGACGUGCAGGGAGCCCUGCAUAUGUAGCCCCAGAAGUUCUCGUUGGAGACUAUUCCGAAAAAGUUGACAUUUGGGCUGCCGGUGUUCUUCUCCAUCUGCUCUUGGUCGGUGAACUUCCAUUCAAAGGUCACUCUCGAGAAGCUGUCUUUGAAGAAAUCAAAUUUAUGGAGCUUCAUUUCAUCACCGGGGCUUGGGAGUCUAUCUCGGAGCUUGCAAAGGACCUUGUUGGCAAGAUGCUUACUCGGGAUGCCUCCCAAAGAAUCACAAUCGAUGAAAUUUUGAUGCACCCAUGGAUUUUGUUCUACACAAAAUGCUCAUCUGAGGCAGUGACAAGAAAGGCCAGGAUUAGAAGAAGUGCUAAACCCAUACUUGAUAUAAAAAGAGUUGCUGCACUCAUUAACAGCUCUCUUACAGCAGAGAAUUCAAAUUCAAAGUCGGAAGAGCAGCACGAUGGCAACUGUUUCGUCGAUGUUUUGGCCGCUGCUAUGGGACGAGUUUCCAUAUCUGAGACGAAGCGAAGCAGGCUUUGUGGCCCGAUCCAUCCCAUCCAGCAGCAGUGCUCAUCUAACAUGGAAGCUAAUCUUUGUACAGCAUUCUAACUCUGAUGUAUAGCAACUACGGUACAGCUGAGCCCUGCAAAUUUCUACUCGCUGAGUUUAGUGACCUGAAGCUAAUGGAUUAAUUACAUCGACAUGGCAACCCUUCGAGGCACACCUUUCAUUUUUCCAGAGAGAGAGUCAAAGUUAUUUCUCUCAGUCUGAGGCAUUCGAUACGCUCUGACGAUUGCGCAAUAGCUUGCUAACUAUGCGGUUGCUUGUACAUAAAUGACUACUUUCAUAACUUCUAGCCCAUCUUUACUAGGUAGGUAUUAAUCACGACUGCUUUUAUGUUGAGAAAGUAGAAAUCCAAUAUAUGUAAAUAUGCUUGCUACCGGAUAAGAUGAAGAGACUGACUAGCUUUUGUUUCAUCAA